GCCCCUGCCGUUCGCCUGCCUGGCGGGCGGUAUCGGGUCAGAGGAUGGUGAAGCCAGCGGCCGAGGGCCUCGCCUCGCCGGUAGCCAGAGCCCCGGUGCUUGCCCCGGGGUGCUGCGGCAGCUCGUAACCCGGCUGCGGGGCGGGCGUCUGGCGGAGCAGCCGAGUGUCCCCGGGCGCUUAUGCAAGCGCCGAACAGCAGCCAGCAAACAUGAAGUCAUCAUCAGAAGAGCAAGUUCCAUUACAUGAAGAAUUUAUCUACUGUUGUGGAGCUGCUACCCAUGUCUUAAAGUGUGGGCCCUGGAAAGACCUCUCAAAAGACGAAACUAAAAAUCUACCCAGACUCUUAUUCAUGAUUAUUCCUGGUAACCCUGGACUGGCAGGUUAUUACAGGACCUUUAUACAGGCCUUAUAUUGUGGACUAAAUAAGCAGUAUCCUGUUUGGGUUGUGAGCCAUGCUGGACAUUGUAAGCCUCCUAGUGGAAUGGAAAUGAUAGAAGACACAGAUAUUAAGGAGCUAGAGGAUGUUUUUGGACUUAAUGGACAAGUAGAGCAUAAGCUGAGUUUCCUCAAAAAGAAUGUAUCAAAAGAUAUAAAGCUGGUAUUGAUUGCUCACUCUAUUGGUUGCUACAUCACACUGGAGAUGAUGAAGAGAGCAUCAGAACUUCAGGUGCUUCGCUCCGUGCUGCUGUUUCCGACGAUCGAGCGCAUGGCUCAGUCCCCCCAGGGAAAGCUCAUGACCCCUCUGCUCUGCAAACUUCGUUACAUUCUCUACAUGCCCGUUUACCUUCUGUCCUUCCUACCAGAGGGAGUCAAAGCCUCCCUGGUGAGGUUUGCUCUGCGAGGAAUGAAGACCUGUGAUGAAUCUUCCAUAACAACCUCCGUAAAUCUCUUCAGUGUGGACUGCAUUGCCAACAUCUUGUAUAUGGCAAGCCAAGAAAUGGUGAAGGUUGUGGAGAGAGACAGUACAACCAUAAAGCAAAAUUUAAAGAAGCUGAUUUUUUAUUAUGGAACUGGAGACAGCUGGUGUCCACAGAACUACUACGACGACAUCAAAAUGGAUUUUCCAGAUGGGGACAUUCGACUCUGUGAGAAAGGGCUCCGCCACGCCUUCGUGCUGGAUGCCAGCAAGGAGAUGGCUGCUAUGAUCACAGACUGGUUACAGGAUGAUCUGACCAAAUUAUAAACACAGAUUCAGUGAUUAACAAGGAAAUGAUGUAAUUAUUUUGUGAACAUGUAAUUUUUUUGUGAAAGAGUCUGUCCAAUUUUUUUCUGUUUAUUAUAGAUUAUGGCUUGUUUUCUAUUGAGAUGUUUUAGAGAAAGAUAAGGAGAGACUGGCUGGUCCAAAGUAUAGUUUUAUUGAUUCAGUGGUGAUGUACCUUCAUCCUGUGUCUUCAGGGUUCUGCAGAACUUGGCAAAGGCUGGAAUAUUUGUUGUCUGGUAGCAUUUUAGACAACACUGAUACUAGAUUCACUGGCUGCAAGUAUACCUGAGUUACUACCACCUCACCCACCAACUGGAGAGCUGCUGAGGGUGGGUUUGGGGCAGACCAGCUGGUCUGCUUUAUAAAGAAUUACCAUGCUAUUCCAUUAGAAUAAAAAUCCCCCUGUGGAUGGAUCCUGGCAUGCUGCAAAAGACCUGGCCUUCUCCAAAGCCCCAGGACAACCCUAACUUUUUUUCCUCCAGGUUCAGUGGGGUUGGUGGUCAGUCAGAGGUUAGGCUGAGUUGAGGAUGAGUACAAGGGAGAUUUGUAGAUGACAUGUGCAGUUUCUCCAAGAUUCAGAAGGGGUUUAGGGCCCUGCCAGGACUCCACAGGGUAUUAAAAAUACUGUAAGGUAGCUGUGGCUGCUCAGUGAGGCAAUACCUAUGAACCUCUUGUCUGGAACAUGGCUCAAGUGUUUCAUUGAUUGCAGAGAAGGUAAAGGAUGGUGGUCAAAACGUGCCAGUAUUAAAAGAUUAAAAUGGAUUGCAGACUCCAUAUCUGACUAAAUACAGGUGGGCUUGCUUUCCUAAUGAGGUCCCUGAGAACAGUGCUUACUCAGCAAGUUUAAAAAAUUAAGCCAGUUUUGGUGCAUGCCUAAAUUCCAGUUCUUUGCUUUAAGGACUGAAGUAUGACAUUUCCUGCCAAGCCACAGACUAGGUAAGUCCACUAGGAAAACAUGGUUGUUAUUCUGCCAUUGUUGCAUGCAUGGAAUUGUGUCAAAUGUAACACUGACAACCAGGUUUUUGCUAUAGCUCAUGCUGACAAGUCCACUGUUCCUCACAUUUGUUCAUCCCUCACCCAGAGCAAAAAACUAGAAUAAAGCAUCCUAACAGUUGUGAUAACAGAGUAAGUUACAGGCAAUAGCUAGAAAUGAAAAUAAUGUAAAGGGAACAGAGCCAAGGGGUAAUCAGGAAAAGCUUUCUAGCCAUAAACCUGUGAAAUAGUCUCCCUGUGGAGUUCAUAGAGACAUUUAUAAAUAAAACACUACAGAAUAUAGUCAAGGGAAGCCCUACCCUUGCAAACCAACUCAUUUAGCUGAUGCAUUUGGUAUCUAACUUACAUGAUUUAUUAACAGUUUUAGUGUGGUAUUGGUGAGAAUGGUACCAGAGAACAUUCUCCAUGGUGCAGAAAGACUGAUUAUUUCCUUACAUUUUUUACACGAUUAUGUGCACACCUUCCAUUUUUCUCUAAAUCUCCCUUGAAUCUUCCACUAAUAUUUGUAAUAGAAUUCAUUUUCUGGCUGUUUUGGACUAGUUCUCUCAAACCAAAGGCGUACAGGGAAUUUAAGUGACCUUCUUUGCAUUGGAAACUGGUUUAUCUUUUGAGAGUAGCCAGUGAAUUUUCAGAUUAUGCUGCUGUGUAAUGCGACAGAUCCUGAUGUUUGAGGCAGAAAUGUUGAGACAACAGUUGCAGCAAGAUGAGGAGGAACCAGUUAUGGUCAAAGCAGAAAGGCUGUACCCAUGCAAUUGGCUCUCUUUGUUGGAGAUUUAUGGGACUUCUGCAGGGCCAUAUUCAGUCAAUAUCCAAACAAUUCUUGUGAUCACUUUGGGAAUCCACAGUUCUGCAUCCUGUGUGUGUUUAAAACCCCCCCAGAUGUUGGCAGGCAUUCCAAUUGGGUGGCAUGGCAGAUGUUAAAUGCAUAUGUUGGCCUAGGUGCUCCCUGGGGCAGGGUAGGUGUGGGUGGGAUGUCACAUAUGUGGACAUAUAUAUAUGGACAUACACACACAUAUAUAUACACACACACACAUAUAUAUGUUUGCGUGUUAGCAAGUCAGUUCACUUGUUUGUUUUGGUUUACACAUUAAUCUCUUUGAACAAAACAUUUACUCCUUGAGGUAUAUGGAAUCAGGAAAGGACACAGUCUGUAAAAGUUCGGCUGUUGUAGUAGAUCUCCUGAGGACAGAAAAAAUCUUGCAUUAACCAAAGAUGACAAGCAGCUAUUAAAGUCUGGAAAAUGAAGCACCUAUGAGAAGCAGUUGUUUACAGUGCAUUAUUCGUAUACUUUGUAUGAGGAAUUAAUUUAGCAAUACUUGUUAUUGACUUGUGUAUGCCUUUUAUACAAAUGUUAGUCUGUUAUAAUUAAUCCUACUGGCUGCAUUGACCUAAACUGAGCUCAGAGCUGGUCAGCAAUGACCAGACCUACUGCAGGAUAAUGCCUUACGAUUUUCUUAAAUCAAUUUUCUCUUAAGAUUAUCAAAACCAUAAUGAUUCAAUUGCUCCCUUCCUCCUAGAAGCUGUUACCGUAAGGCUAAGAUCUGAAAAUUUGCUACUCUCUUCACUGCAAAAGAGCAGGGGGCUGCUUUUCACAGCUGUAUUUCCUAAGAGGAGCAGAUCACACACAAUGAAAAUCCAGCUCCUCUUAAGCCCAUGGCAUUCACCAUGACCCCAGGCAAAUAGUGUCCAAAGUGCUUAUGGUCCAAAUGUGCCAACUUGCCAUGAAAACACAGUGUGGUCUUGCCUAUUUUAGACUGGUUUAGAAUUCUUGUGAAACCUAUUGCAAAGGAAUUGACUUUAUGCAGUAGCACCUACUCUCUGUCAUUCACAUUUGUGCUUAGUUCUCAUCACACAAGUAAUCCUGCCAGCUUCAAUGACUUUGACUCAUAUUCAAGUGUUUUGCUAGAUUGAUACCUUUUAUGAAAAAGUACACAACUCUAAUAACAAAAAUAAAGACAUUUAUGGUAAAA